CCCCGUGCGCUCACGGAUUUCCGAGUGGAGUGCGAAUUCUUCCUUUGGGAAGGGUAGCGUGCUUCUCGUGGAGGACGGCCUGUAGCCGGCGCCCGGACGUUUUCUCGCGGGACCUGCCCGAAAUCGGGGAACUGCCAGCUCCUGUCUCCUCGCCAUGACCGCGACAGCCGCUGCUCUCGCGUAGCCAGGGAGGACUUGGAAACACCGUCGCGAACGACGUCCACUCUUCUAAUGUCUCCCGAUGGAAGCAACGCGUCUGCAGGCCUCCCGCAGAUCAUCGACGAAGACGACCUCCCCGAGGACUACGACUACGAGGAGUCGGCGUGGCGCUUCGACCUCGCCGACCUGAUCCCGACGGCCGUCGUGUACGGGGCCACGCUCCUGUUGGGCCUAGUGGGCAACCUGCUCAUAGUGUACACGGUGGCGCGGUUCCCGCGCAUGCGCUCCAUAUCGAACCUGUUUCUCGCGUCGCUCGCGUCGGCAGACCUGCUGAUUGUGCUGCUGUGCGUGCCCGUCAAGUUCGGCCAGCUGUUCUCGUACACCUGGACGCUGGGCGAGCUGGGAUGCAAGCUGCUCCUCUACGUGCAGCACGUGUCCAUGAUCUGCUCUGUGCUCAACCUUACUUUCCUCAGCAUCGAGAGGUACUACGCGGUGAUCCACCCCGUACGCUCUCGCUACCUUUGCACCUUCAGCCAAGCCAGGCGAGUGAUCAUCUUCAUCUGGUUGGCCGCAUUCCUCACCGCUCUGCCCAUCAUUUUCGUGCAGGUUCACGUGGAGAUGGGUCUGCGGCGGCGAGCCUACUGGUGCAUGCGUGACGAGGCCAGUCCCCGGGCGUGGCGUUCCUUCGAGAUCUACAUGCUCAUUCUGGUGCUCUGCAUACCGACCCUGGUGAUGGGAUACGCGUACGCCAAGAUCUGCGCCCAGCUAUGGAUGGUGGUCCGCGAGAGGGCCCAUCUCACCUCUGGCUCGGCUUGUACAGAGAUGCUGGAGAAGGCUCCAGGCAAGCAGGGCUUCAGCAUCAACGGCGACAAGAGGUUUCUGGGCAAGCCGUCACGAGCUGACGAAGACACCGUCAAACAGGUGAUCAAGAUGCUGAUCCUGGUGGUGUCCCUGUUUGUCCUCUGCUGGGCCCCCAUCUUGAUCCUGAACGUGCUGACGGCGUUCGGCAGCGUCUCGGCGCUCAACUACUCCUACCUGAAACCGCUGCGCACCUGCUUCCACCUGCUCUCGUACCUCAACAGCUGCGUCAAUCCUCUCGUGUACGGGUUCAUGUCGCGGUCCUUCCGGGUCUCCUUCCGGGACGCCCUGCUGGGCUGCCUGCGCCAGGGCGGCGCACCGCAGCGCGGUACCACAAUGCGGCUUAGCCGCACGCGAACCACCAGCCUCAGCAUGGGACGCUCGGCGACGUACGUCACGUGACGCCAGCCCCCGCAGCCGGGCAUCCGGUGCAUCCGUUGGACAAGCAACUGCGGUUCCGUGCCCGGAACCAUCGCCCUGUCCGCCACGAAUGGAUAACGAGCGGUGAAGGAAAAAAAUCGAGGAGGUCGCCGACGCUCCGGGAAAACCGGAAACGAGAAAGGCACGAGGAGUAGUGUCACUCCUCGGAACGUAACAGCGCAAGAGAA